AUGCCCCUUGCGGGUUUAGUGCCGCCGGAUCUCAUCCGAGAGGUUUCGCGUAACAAUGUUGCUGUCAGAGGAGGCAUUGAGGACCUGAGCGGACCAAAGCUUUUUUUCUUGGAGAAGGCUGAGAAAUUCGUCCAUGCAGUUCUUGACUUGGAACCUCAAUGUUUGGCAUUGAAACUCAAAACUUUUGUAAUAUCAGGUUUUGAUUCUAAUAUUCCAUCGACACAGCGCCAGACUCGCACCCUCAACAAAUUGAUUAGUGAUUGCCAAACCAUCAUACAAGAUGAACUCGAUGAUAUUUUGUGUGAUAAGAAGCUUGCCAAUCACAUCAAAAUGAACUACAAUAAUUAUGAAUGUUCCAUUGUUGAACAUUAUGGCAUUACACUGGUAGGAUGGCCCUUGGAUCUUUUGCCCAUUCAUAAUCCCUCCGCCAUUGGUGGAUGUGAGCAAGUCCAAUGUCCCCUCAAUGCUCUCAAAACUCAUAUGUGUCAUUGGGAGCAGCUCUCAGAAGAACAAUUAGUGGCUAGAAUUGCUAGUAACCAGGCUUGUCAGGCUAAGGGGGAGUGUGUCUACAAGCCAAGGAAGAAACACGCUGCAAAGAGAGUUGAGAAGAGCACGGAGCAUGUUGAAAGUAGUGAUGAUGAGAUCAUCGAGAAGAGUGCAGAGUUUGUUGACAGUGAUGACGAAAACUAG